CACACACACACACACACACACACAAAGAGAACGUGAAAGUGGCUCCGCUUGAACUGACAGAACAACGACCCGUCUGAGGAAGCGCAACCGGGAGGGUGAGCACUAAGCCCGCAGGAAUUGGCAUCAUAGCCCGGUGAGCAUCAGCGGAGUUAGUGCCGGAGGAGGACGGUACCCUGACGGCGGAGACCCGGCGGUGCUCAGUGAUGGAGCUCUCAGCGAUCGGAGAGCAAGUGUUCGCCGUGGAAUCGAUCGUAAGGAAGAGGGUGAGAAAGGGGAAUGUGGAGUAUCUGUUGAAGUGGAAAGGAUGGCCUCCAAAAUACAGUACAUGGGAACCUGAGGAACAUAUUCUGGACCAGCGCUUGGUGCAGGCCUAUGAAGAGAAAGAGCAGAGAGACAGAGCUCUGGGUCACAGGAGGAAAGGAUCAAAGGCCAAAAGACUUGAUCUGCAGAACACCAUCUACGCCAUGGACCUCCGCAGCGCUCACAAGAUCCCUGAGAAAGCUCUGCCUCGCCUGCGUCUCUCGCUGACGCGCUCGCUGGUCCCGGAGGACGUGGACGACCCGUACGGUGUCUGCAGACACAAUUGCAAACCCGGGACUUCUGAGUUCAGGAGCUUGGACUCGAACCCUCCGAGUCCAACACAAGAGGACUGGGAAGGCCUGGGAGAAGAAGACGAGGAGGAGGAGGAGGAGGAGGAGGAGGAGGAGGAGGAUGCAGAAGAUGAGGAGGAUAGGGAAGAGGAGGCGGCUCAGAGGGAGACUACAGAAAGCAUUCUUCAUGGACAAGAGAGGACGGACUGCUGGAGCUCCGACAUCGCACAGGACGAGCUCAUCGCUGUAUCUGAGAAGCCGGACCACCUCUGGAGGCCCGUCAACCGCCCGGGAGAGGUGACGGUCACGGACGUAACCCUCAACUCCCUCACAGUGACCUUCCGCGAGUCGAGGGUCGCCACGGGCUUCUUCAGACACUGUAGCCUGGAGGUCUGAAAUGGGACGAAGUGGCUCGUCAGGGUGGGCACUGUGGGAGGCACUGGCAACCAGUUACACAGUUUGUAACUGGUUGAGGAAACAAGUUGGUGUUUUCAUUCCCUCUCUGCAGCUUCUUGCUCCCCCCCAUCGCCAGUUGAGUCUGGUCAGUGGUACGUUUACAUGCACAGAGUCACCUGGGUGUAAGGAGAACUUCAGGUGUUGGUUACGUGAAGAGGCAACAUUAUAUCUCCACCACACUAAAAAGAUGGAUACUUCUGUUGUUUUGGCCUGUUAAUGUCCACCGAAAAGAAAAACAUGUGGGACCCAGGCACCAGAGGACCAAAUGUGAGCCAGAUAUGGCCCAUACGUAGAUUUUGGAAGUGCACACUUGAGGGACCUGUUUCAAUUAGCAGGAGUCAGUCAAGUUUCACCAUCGCACUGCUCCUUAUAUUUGCAGGAUUGGUGACACCUGGAAAUCCGAGGAAUAGUUUCAAACCAUAGGUAGGAACCUGCAUUACACACCUGUACGCUAGUUGUUAAAAAGCCCACAGGGGGCCUUUAAAGCAGUUCACAGCACGGACCUUAAGCAUGACAUGUUCGUAUUAUCCCACACUUUUAUUUAAAAAAAAUGGGUUCUCAGAGUUUGCCUCUAUUCAGAGCUUUCUUCUAUAAACUUUCAAAAUAUUGAAGAAAAGUUUACAGUAUACAAACACAAAAGCAGCACAAAAUUGGAGAGAAGAACAUGCUACAUAGUAUUGCACUUAAAGCUAGGCUUGGUGAGGCUGGAAAAGCUAGGAAGUGCCGGCUGCACUUUGCCCCCCCUACAGUCGGUCCAGGCCGAAGACUCCGGUACAGGCAGAGAGGCAGGUCUGGUAGGGACAGCCAGCCAGCCAAUCAUUUCAUUCAAUCGAUCCAAAAGCGUCCUGUGGGCCUCAGGCACUUGCUUUUUUUUAGAUAAUCCUAUUUAUUGACGGCUAUUUGGACUAUAUUUCAAUAACAAAUUAGCAACCCUACCCUUAGGUUCACUAAACAGUACAUAUAGGUAAAUGGUUUUGUAUUUAUAUAGCGCUUUUCUAGUCUUAAUGACCACUCAAAGCGCUUUAAAGUACAGUUUUACAUUAACCCAGUCACACACACAUUCAUACAGUUCAUCUAUUCGCAGCACUUUUGUUAUUCUAUGGGGGGCCAUUCAGGGUUCAGCAUCUUGCCCAAAGACACUUCGGCAUGCAGAUGGGUCAGACUGGGGAUCGAACUGCCGACCUUCAUGUUGGAGGACGACCACUCCUGAGUACCGAACACAGACACAGAGUGAAGAUACUUUUAUUAAGGGUGUGAGGAGAGGAAACAAAAGAAGAGUCCUCUGUGCAUGUAAACACAGCUGCUAAAGUUCAGUGCUGGACUCAAACGUUCUGUACAAACUCUAAACUACAGUGAGGUGCACACAGCUGUAAGUCCCAUACUGACAUGCAGCCCUGUGUCUGUAGCCCACAAACACAGGCCGUUACCUGCUAUAUACAAACCCCCUCUUAUAGAAGUCGUCCAGUUCUGUCAGUGCUAAGAUAGCUUUGUUUAUCCAUACACCUCGGUCCUCCUCGCAAAAUAUACAAAACGCCAUAAAAGUGAUCACUCUGUCUUGUACCAAAAGUAGAUUGAUAAUAUCUAGACUCGAUAAUAUAAUAAAAUAGGAAAUUGCACUGUAUACACAUUACAUUGUAAGGGCGUGUUUGUAGAGUUUACCCUUUUAAAGGUGAAUAUCAGUUUCAGUAAUUCAUUAUAAAGUCACCUGUCGUCAGUUGUGACAAUACUCAAAACAAUUUCCCAAAAAAAUCAAAGAUUCAGUGUUUGCCUCAAAGUAUCGAUAAGCCUCAUUCAGACUAAUAUAGACGUCAACUCCAAAACAGUUCUGUUAGCUGUUGAAGUAGCAAUCACACAUAGUCACAUUAUAGACAACAAUUUUAUUAAACUAUGAAUAUUCAUUUGUCACCUUUAGGAAAGCAAGUUCUUUCCUGAGCUUCCAAACAGCAGCUGACAAAACAGCUUCUGGAGCUUUCCAUCAUCAAAAAUUUUCAAAAAUUGAAGUGGAAUUGUAAUUUUUUUUUUAUUUCCAGCUUAAAAUGUCAAAAUUCAUUCUGGAGCCUGAAAACAGAUGCUGACAAAGCAGAUCUUAAUGAAAUGGAAAAUCAAAAAGAAUAAUACAAAACCUAUAUCUUUCUAGGUAAAUCCCUGAAUAAAUGGAGACUUCAAAAACACUGAGGCCAGUAUAUCGUUGUAACGCUGCUGGCGUCCUGCCCACUGGCCACAGGAGCUGAUGUGAUGAGUCAUGUCUGUGGAAUCUCCCACAGUGGCCUCUCAUUGGUCCACAGGCUGCACCGAGCAUGAUGGGUCAGCGUCCCGUGAUCCCAGAGCUGCGUCUGUGUGAUAGCGAAGCUUCAGGGAAUGGAAGUGCCUGAUGCUCCGUGACAUUGUUGUUGUCUCUGCAUUGACCUGAAUGUAUAUUUAUUCUUUGCAGAUCCCUGUGUGUUUGUCACGCAGACGAUGGAAUCGUUUUUAUACAGUUUGUGAUAACCACUGAGCUUGAUGCCAUGUCUAAACGUGAUAAAACAAGCGCCCUGGAUUUGACGUCUUCUACCCGUGGUCGCUUGUGCUGCUUUCUUCCACCGCCGAGCGAGGAACCAGGCACUUUAUCGUGACAUUACCUGCUCCAGUCUACUAAGUGUCACUGUGUAUAGAAUAUUUCUAUGGUAAUUGUAAAAAUAAAUGUUGCUAAUGUUUGAAAUAGUUUUCAUUGAA